UGUUGCUCUUACAGGAACCGCAAGUGUCGGAAGUGAAGGAGCGUGUUUACAAGAGUACAGAAAAAACAUUCGUAACCAGUUGUAAAGUUUGUUACGUUUACUAGGUUUUGUGAGUUAAGGCUGUAAACGUUAUUUUCCACUCUACAGUGCACAAAGACAACAUUAUUUCCCAGAAUUGAGAUCCAAACAUGGCACAAAACAAAGCUGGGUACACACGUUUUGAAAACCCACCACAUGACACUACCCUGGAUCAGCCUGCCCCUCCAGGGUUUAUGAUGCCCCCUUCUUAUGAAGCUGGUAUGGCUUAUGGAGGAAUGGGAGCCGACGCACCUGUUGGUGCACCUGUUGGCACACCUGUUGGUGUCCCAUAUCUGCCACCAUCUGCUGCUGGGAAUCCUAUGUACGGACAGGGGGUACCUGGAUAUCAACAAACACCAUAUCCUCAAGCAGAUCCUUAUAUUACCGGUCCUUACAGCACUGGGCCUUAUACACAACAUGCUGCAUAUGGGCCAGUGAGCGUGCCAGUGCAAAUCGAGCCACCUCCAGAAUAUGAAAACGAGCAGUUUACCAUCUGUGGACUUGAUGACAAAACCAUCAGAAGAGUGUUCAUUCGAAAGGUCUUUGCAGUGUUGAGUCUGCAGCUGGCAGUGACGUGCGGCUUUGUGGCUCUCUUCACAUUUGAGCCACACACUAAACUGUUUGUACAGAAGAAUUCGUGGACUUACUGGAUUGGCUAUGUGGUAUUCAUUGUACCAUACUUUACCAUCGUCUGCUGCGGAGAGUUUCGCAGAAAGCAUCCAUGGAACCUCAUUGCCUUGACUGUUCUGACUCUUGCCAUCUCCUACAUGAUUGGUGUGAUCUCCAGCUUCUACGAUACAGACUCCGUUUUGAUGGCUGUUGGUAUUACGGUGUUGGUUUGUUUUACAGUGGUAAUGUUCUCUCUGCAGACCAAAUAUGACUUCACGUCCUGUUAUGGAGUGCUGUUUGUGUGCGUCAUUGUACUAUUAGUCUUCGGAAUCAUGUGCACCUUCAUGUACAACAGGAUUCUGAUCCUCAUCUACGCUUCACUGGGUGCACUGGUUUUCACUUGUUUCUUGGCCGUGGACACACAAAUGCUUCUUGGGAACAAGAAACUCUCUCUGAGUCCGGAGGAAUACAUCUUUGCUGCACUCAAUCUAUAUAUGGACAUCAUCCAAAUCUUUUUAUACAUUUUGCAAAUCUUGGGAAUGAGCCGCAAAUAAAAUUCCAUCACAGUAUAAUGAAAUUCAUGCCUUAAAGAAACAUAAACAUGCACUAAGAGUUAACUCAAAAAUGAAAAUUCUGUCAUUUUUUAAUAUAUAUAUAUAUAUAUAUAAGGAUAUUUCCCUAUUCUUGUACUCACUUAUCCUCUUUUGAAGUAUAUCUACAUGUUUGAUUAUUUUUGAUCAUUUGUUGGUAAUCAUGAAUGAGAGCAUUUAUGUAUUUUCUCCCUCGCUAUUAGUGUUUUAAUUACUGAUUAUUGGAAUACAGUAUUUUGCUUAUUCAACUAGCUACAUGCAGCUCUGGAAAAAAAUGAAGAGACCACUGCAAAAUGAUCAGUUUCUCUGGAUUUACUAUUUAUAGGUGUGUGUUUGAGUAAAAUGAACAUUUGUGUUUUAUUCUAUAAAGUACUCUCAACAUUUCUCCCAAAUUCCAAAUAAAAUUAUUGUCAUUUAAAGCA